UAGUUGGUCUAGGUAGGUAAGCCACAGCCUCUUGAAACAGGCUUGCAGCUUCCCAGUGGACGCUUUUAUUCGCAUUUGCCUAUAUUCUGUGAAAAAUAGAAGGAAUACAAACAGAUCACCCAAAUUUUCAAAAUGUUUGCCAAAAAGCAAAGUGAUGCCACCGGUGAGUCCGACUCAGACCACGAAUUCAAGGAUGGCGCCAUGGUGAAAAGAAAGUCCCAUGGCGGUUAUAAGGAUCCAGCGAACACUAAACUCGAAAUGCCACUGUCAGUCAGAGCAGUCAUCAAUAAGAUUGAGCAGGCGCAGCUCCUUCGGGCCAAAGAGGCUAUUCUUUCCCGGCUGAUCGAAAUAAUGAGCAAAGUGGAGCUGAUAAUGACGCGCUAUGCCAUUGACAGCGCCUCUCCUGGGAAGAGAGGCUCCAUCUCAGAGAGCCAGAGAAAGAAGAGAAAGGUGUUCUUAGAGAGGAUAGCUGGGCACAUUAAGAGUAUUGAUAUCAGAGAAAAGCUCCUCACCAAACUUCUGUCCUGGCUAGAAGAAUGGAACUUUGUGCUGUCGGAGGUGGCCGAGAUUGAUGUUGAUGAAUACCUCCACUGGAUUGCGCAGAUGGAGCUGCUGCCCGAGAUGCUGAAGGAGAUGGACGGCAAUAUCAAUACUCUCUGCCAGAUCACCACAUUGCUCUUAGAAGAAAAGAAGAGACAAAAGAAAAAGUUAGUGACUAGGGGCACUCUCUGGAAAGCUUGGAAGGACCGAGUUGUAAAGCGGCCUGCCGCAGCCCACGCUUUAAGGCCAGACCAGAUGAUCUGCGACCAACUUGCAUUAAGUACCAAGGUUUCAGAAAUUCAAGACAUGCUCCAGGAACUCAUCAGCUCAGCCAUGUUAAGCAAACUGGAAAACAAUGCCAUUAAAUACAUAUCAGCAACUAUUCUGAACCUUUCCAAAGCCUUGAGUAUGGUCAGUGACGAGCUGAAACUUAUGACCCUUCAAGCUACCAGCGUGGGUGUGAAUGAAGAGAGAGAGACAGAAAAAGACUUCUUGCAGAGAGUCAUCCAAGAACUCAGUAAGGAAAACGAAAUGCUUCACCAGAAACUUAGAGAUUCCGAAGAAAAGUGUGACCAACUUAUUCGAAUAAAAAAUUUUCUAGGACGCCAGCUAUUGGUCCCAACUACGCCGAGCUUGAGAAUGUUAGUUCUAGGGUCUCCACAGGCAACUGUGAGCAAAGAGGUCGAUUCAGGGGAGAUUGACAGUCUCUUAAACAAAGAGCUCGAAAAGAUUAUAGAUGAGUCCCAAACGAAGGGUGUCAGAGCCACCGCAAUAAAGUGGGACUCGAGUAUGACAUAUGUCGCCCAAGGUGAAAUGGCUGUAGAUGUGGCUAAGCAGCAAGCUGAAGAUAAGGCCGACCAGGAUCAGAAAAAGCAGCAUCCCCCAGUCCCACUGCCAGCCGAGACCCCGGACACAAACCUGGAGAAGGAGGAAAAGCAAGUCAUGGAGGUAGCAUCUAGUCAGUUCUCUGAUCUACAAGCCCUGGACAUGAAGAGAAAAGACGGGAAAUCCUUUUUAGAAGGCAAACCACAGGGCCAGGAGGUCAAAAGUGGAGCGAGUAGCCUGUGGGAACGAUUCAAGAAGGGCAGGUCAGAGCACUCACUUGGGAAAAGCCCAGCUUCAUCAGAGGUUAAAAUGGUACCCCCGGUUAAGCCAAUGGACAAAGAAUCCAAGACUGAAGCAGAACAAACCAAGGCAAGCCAGCCUGAGAGUACCCCAGAGCCACCCAAAACAGAAACAAAGGGGAAAAAACCCGUACCGGGAAAAACUGAAGAAAUGCCAGGCACCACAAAACAGCAACAAAGUAAAUUACAAUCCAAGACGCCUAAGCAGACUCCAGCAACUCCUGAUGCCAGAAGUGAACAAAAUACCCUAGAAUCAUUUCAAAAAGCCAUAUUGGCUUUCCUACGAGAGAAAACGAAUAAUGUAGGAAAGGCUUUUGAUCCAAAGAGUAUACAGGAGGAGGAGAAAUCACUAGAAAGAGCAGAAGUUGAAAAAUUAUAUCUCAUAAAGGCAAAAACGGAAGAAUAUGUCCAAAAAGUGGCUGAAACCGUGACUAGAACCUUGAGGGCCUACAAAGAGUCAAGAAAAAAACAACUGAGAGAGAAACUCAGCAAACCACAAAAGGCGACCCCUGCUUUACCGCAGCCGUUGGCCGGGCAGGGCUUCAUCAGUGCCAAGUCGGACCUCGCCAGCUUCCUCUUAAGCGAGAUGACAGACCCAGUGGUCAGGGCGCUAACACAAACCAUCUUAGAUGAACUGGACAGCGAGAAAGACGGCGUGACCGUCUCCGCAGCAGCCCAAGACCACAAGGACAAGAGGCAAGAGUGGCAGAGGUGGGAAGAGGAGGCCUGGAAGGAAGAGCAAAGACUUCUGAAACAGGCCGAACCAAAGCACAGGGCCAGGGAGAAGGCAGCAGAGCUGGAAGAGUGGAGACCGGCGGCGGCGGCGGCAGCCAUGACCCCCGACAUGAGCAGGGCUCAGGACCUGAGGGAGAGGGAGGACGUGGACAAGGAGAAGCCGAAGGCGGUGAGAGAUGCAGAAGAAGGCCCGAGGCCGAAAGGGAGCAAAUCAAAGCUGCCGCCCAAGGGUGACUCAAAGUCGAAAGACCUAUUUAAAACCUUCACCCAGAGCGCAAUGGUCUUAACGCCCAGGUGGAUGAAAAGCCUGAAACUCCAGACAAGCCAAGUACAGUUAUUCCAAGUGGAUCCGAGAGCCAUGGAAAGCCCGGAAGAGAAGCAGCCCUUCUCCCCCAGGACCCUCCUCGUUUCUGCCAAGCCCCUCCCAGUGCCCGCCCCCGAGCAGGCCCAGAUAGUGGAUUCUAAGAUGCCUCAGAUUUCAAGGGCAUCUUUCAUCCCUGAGCGGGAACAGGUUUGGGGUGGUCCUCCUAGUCACGAACCCAUGAAAGAAGUGCAGAUCCCUCCUCCCACAGCCAAGCAGGAACAAGAGCUGGGGACUCAGCUGAUGGCCCCUAGGAUCCUUCAGCAGAAGCUGACUCCAGCGGGGGCUUUCAUAUCGGAAAUCCAAACCGCUGAACAAGUGCCAACAUCUGGGGUCACAGUGACCCAAAGAGCAGUUCUACCUCUCCAGCAGAUCCAAGGAAAAGACAUUACUCUCACCUUGAAGCAGGCCCUGGAUCAAGGCAUUGCCCCCACCCCUGAGCCAGCCAAAGAACCAAGGAUCACAUUAACCCCUCAGCAGGCCCAGGCCCUGGGCAUCAUUCUUACCCCUGAGCAAGCCAAAGCCCAGACAAUCAGUCUGACCCCUCAACAGGCCCAGGCCCUAGCGCUCACUCUCACUCCUGAGCAGACCAAGGAACAGGAGAUCAGCCUGACCCCUCCACAAGCCCAGGGACUGGGGAUAACACUCACCUCUGAGCAGGCCCAGGCCCUGGGGCUCACUCUCACCCCUGAGCAGACCAAGGCACAGAGGGUCAGUCUGAGUCCUCAACAGGCCCAGGUCCUGGGAGUCUCUCUCACCCCUCAGCAGGCCCAGGCACAAAGGAUUAAUCUCACCCCUGAGCAGGCCCAGGCCCUGGGGAUAGAUACCACCCCUCAGCUGGCCCUAGCACAGACAAGCAUUUUUACCUCUCAGCUGGCCCAAGCACAGCAGAUCACCAUCACCCCAGAGGAGGCCGAGGACCUGGGGAUUACUCUUACCCCUCAGCAGGUCAAGGUACAGGGGAUCAGUCUGACCCCCGAGCAAGGCUGGGCUCUUGGGAUGGCUCUUACCCCUGAUCAGGCCCAAGCACAGGGGAUUAUUCUCACCCCUCAGCAGGCCCAGGCCCUGGGGCUCACUCUCACCCCUCAACAGGUAAAGGCUCAGAGGGUCUGUCUGAGUCCUGAGCAGGCCCAGGCUCUAGGGAUAACAAUUACCCCUGAGCAGGCCCAGGCCCUGGGGAUAGCGAUCACCCCUCAGCUGGCCCAAGCACAGCAGAUCACCAUCACCCCAGAGGAGGCCAAGGACCUGGGGAUUGCUCUCACCCCUCAGCAGGUCAAGGUACAGGGGAUCAGUCUGACCCCCAAGCAAGGCCGGGCUCUUGGGAUGGCACUUACCCCUGAGCAAGCCCAAGCACAAGGGAUUAUUCUCACCCCUCAGCAGGCCCAGGCCCUGGGGCUCACUCUCACCCCUCAGCAGGUCAAGGCUCAGAGGGUCUGUCUGAGUCCUGAGCAGGCCCAGGCCCUGGGGAUAACCAUCACCCCUGAGCAGGCCCAGGCCCUGGGGAUAACCAUCACCCCCGAGCAGGCCCAGUCCCUGGGGAUAGAUAUCACCCCUCAGCUGGCCCAAGCACAGACAAGCAUUUUUACCCCUCAGCUGGCCCAAGCACAGCAGAUCACCAUCACCCCAGAGGAGGCCAAGAACCUGGGGAUUACUCUUACCCCUCAGCAGGUCAAGGUUCAGGGGAUCAGUCUGACCCCCGAGCAAGGCCGGGCUCUUGGGAUGGCUCUUACCCCUGAGCAAGCCCAAGCACAGGGGAUUAUUCUCACCCCUCAGCAGGCCCAGGCCCUGGGGCUCACUCUCACCCCUCAACAGGUCAAGACUCAGAGGGUCUGUCUGAGUCCUGAGCAGGCCCAGGCUCUAGGGAUAACAAUUACCCCUGAGCAGGCCCAGGCCCUGGGAAUAGCGAUCACCCCUCAGCUGGCCCAAGCACAGCAGAUCACCAUCACCCCAGAGGAGGCCGAGGACCUGGGGAUUGCUCUCACCCCUCAGCAGGUCAAGGUACAGGGGAUCAGUCUGACCCCCGAGCAAGGCCGGGCUCUUGGGAUGGCACUUACCCCUGAGCAAGCCCAAGCACAGGGGAUUAUUCUCACCCCUCAGCAGGCCCAGGCCCUGGGGCUCACUCUCACCCCUCAGCAGAUCAAGACUCAGAAGGUCUGUCUGAGUCCUGAGCAGGCCCAGGCCCUGCUGAUAACAAUCACCUCUAAGCAGGCCCAGGCCCUGGGGCUAGAUACCACCCCUCAGCUGGCCCAAGCACAGACAAGCAUUUUUACCCCUCAGCUGGCCCAAGCACAGCAGAUCACCAUCACCUCAGAGGAGGCCGAGGACCUGGGGAUUACUCUCACCCCUCAGCAGGUCAAGGUUCAGGGGAUCAGUCUGACCCCCCAGCAAGGCCAGGCUCUUGGGAUGGCUCUUACCCCUGAACAGGCCAAAGCACAGGGGAUUAUUCUCACUCCUCAGCAGGCCCAGGCCCUGGGGCUCACUCUCACCCCUCAGCAGGUCAAGACUCAGAGGGUCCGUUUGACCCCUGAGCGGGCCCAGGCCCUGGGGAUAGCAAUCACCUCUGAGCAGGCCCAGGCCCUGGGGAUUACUCUCAUUCCCAAACUAGCUCAACCACAGGAGAUCAGCCUCAGUCCAGAGGAGGCCCAGGCCCUGGGGCUCACACUUACCCCACAGCAGGCCCGGAUACAGAAGAUCUUUCUCACCCCUAAGCAGGCUCAAGCUCUGGGCAUCAAUCUUACACCCGAGCAAGCCAAGGCACUGAAGAUCAGUUUGACCCCUCAGCAGGCCCAAGUCCUGGGGAUCACUCUCACCCUGGAGCAGACCAAGGCACAGAGAAUCAGUCUGACCACUGAGCAGGCCCAGGUCCUGGGGAUCACACUCUCCCUCCAGCAGGCCCAGGCCCUGGGGGUAGCUCCUACCCUUAAGCAGACAGCAGCCUCGGGAAUCACUCUUACCCCUGAGCCAGGUAAGGAAAAAGAGGUCAGCCUGACCAGGGUGCAGGCCUUGGCCCUGGAGAUCAGUCCCACCCCUGAGCAGACACACAGCUUGGGGAUCUCUCUCAGUGCACAGCAGGCCCGGGAACUGGGACUCACUCUUACCUCUAGGCAAGCCAAGGUACAGAAGAUAUGUCUGACUCCUGAGCAGGCACAGGCCCUGGGAGUCUCUUUCACCCCUGAGCAGGCCAAGGGAUGGAGGACCAGUCUGACCCCUGAGCAGGCCCAGGCCCUGGGGCUCACUCUCACCACUGAGCAGGCCAAGGCACACAGAAUCAGCCUGACCCCUGAGCAGGCAGAAGCCCUCGGGAUUACUCUCACCCCUGGGCAGGCCCAGGCCCUGGGGCUCCGUUUCACUUCUUCACGGUUCCAGACACGGGGUAUUUCUCCUCUGAAGAAAUUCCAGGAGUUGGAGGCUCCUUUAACCUAUGAACAGGCAGCAGCACUGAGGGGCGGCCCUACUACAGAGCGAAUCCAAACUCUGAAAGUCCCUGUCGCCCCCGAGUCUAUCCAGACACCGAAACCAGCGGUUGCCUCUAAACAGACCCAGACAAUUGAAAUCCCACUAACUCCUCAACUGUCCCCAGCAUUUGGAAUUCCACUUCCACAGGGACAGGGCAAAGCAUCGGGCAUCACUCUCAGGCCAGGGCAGACCCAGGCAUUCCAGCAAGCCCAGGCAUUGCAGCCUCCCCUCACAUCCAGGCAGGCCCCAUUGCGGGGCCAGUUUGGUCCAGGAGAGAUACAAACGCUAACGUUCACUAUAGCACUUGAGAAAGCCCAGAAUUUGGGUGUCACUUUCACCCAGGAACAAACUCAGGCAGCAUCUAUCACCCUCACCUCUGAGCAGGUGGCAGCAUUAGAAGACGCACUCACUGAAGAACUGGCCUGGACAUGGGGGCUUUUAACCGCACCAGAAAAGCCGGCUGCAUUGGUUCCUUCCCCUGACACACUGCUUCCUACAUCUAUUGCAUUGCAGAAACUGAAGUCUUCUCAAGCCCCCUUUUCCCCUAGGACGAGCCUAGCAAUGAGCUUUCUUCCUGACUCUGAGAAGCUUGAAGAAACACGCAUCUCUCCCACCUACAGACAGAUUCUAGCAGACAGAGGUCAAGUCAUUCCCACACAGCUAACACCAGAAGUCCCUUCCACUCCAGGGCUGCCCCUCGGUCACUGGCAUCCCUUCAAACCUGGGGACACCGGGUCACCUCUCAUGCCGGAAACUCGCCUCACCCACAGAAGGCCGACACCACCUCUAGUAUCUGGAGCCCCACCAACCUCUGGAGAGAUUCCAGGUCUCUUUGUUCCUGGAGGCUCUGCUGUCCCCUUCCAGCCUCCGGCCAUCCAUGGCCAAACUCCCUACAUGCAGACCUAUUCUACCCCUGGACAGCCAAAGCCAUCACUGAUCAUUGCUGAGCAAGGAUUCUCUGUAAGAACUCCUGUCUCAGCAGAGGCUUUCCCAGUCCCUGGAAGACCUCAGAGAAUUUCUCCCUCUUCAGUCUCUCAGAAAAGGCCAGUAGCUGUUUCCCCUCCAAAACCUGAAUCAAUCAGAGCUCACCCGAGUGCUGCUCUGGGCUUUGAGGUCUCUCCGGCUCCCUUCCCUAUGGAGAAGAUGCAAAUGUCUAAGUUUUCUGACAUUUUAGAAGACGCUCGGGUACUCCAAGAUUCUCCCGACAUGAGAUCACUUGGAAUGUUUCAGCCUUAUGUCACUAGUUCUAGGAUACCAAGAUCAAAGUCCCAUCACAUUGGUGAGAAAGCACCUUCCGCUCGGGAGAAAUCUAUAGCAUCACUACCGUCUCUGACCACUCAGCUCUCCCAAACACCACAGAUCACACCUUCUGACAGGGGCCAAAGACCACGGCUCCCCCCAAUAGACGAGCCCUGGAUAUUAUCCCCAGUUCCUGGCACUAGGAAAGCCAAGAUGGUGGGGUCCCCCGUCACUGCCCAGCAGCAUGAAGACAGAUACUUUGUCGAUGUGGAGGCUCAAAGGAAGAACCUGGCUAUAUUAAAUCACGCUGCACAAACUGCUGGACUCCCUUCAGAGUACCACACAAUUGCCAGGAAUCUCAUAAUUGAAUUACUCCACAUGAAUACAGUUCGGCUGGGGUAUCUGUCCCGCAAGUAUCUUGCCUAUCGGCUGAUCCAGCUUGCCAGAAACAACAUAAUCAAACGAUUAAGAGCCAUCCAAAAUACUGGGAAAGGGUACGAGACUCAGAACCUCUUCACCAUGCUGGACAGAAUUGAUCACUACCAGAAGAAGGUGAUGUGGUUCUGGACUGAAAAGCAGAACCAGCUAGAGCAGAGGCGGAAACACUGUCUGUGGUCCAUGAUGCAGUUCUUCACCCAGCUUGAAAGAGGGUUUAAACUAAAUCUUAGCCAGCCUGUGCCCUUGCUCUCCGACUUUAAGCAGAUACCUGAUCUUCCCAAAUUUCAACGGCCAGUCUUGGAGUUAUUAAUUGAAGACAAAAAACCCAACAUUUUCAAAACAUUGGGAGAGCAAGCUCAGCUGGAGGCCAUCUGGAACGCUGACCUGUCCACUUCAAGCUACCCGAUAACGGAGAAGACAUCUCUAAAUACGCUCUGGGCCCAGCUGGGUGGCUACCCAGAUAUUCCCAGACUGCUGGAGUUAGAUAUUCAGUCGACCUUCAGAAAAUCUCUUGCUUCCAUCCGGUCAAAGGCUAAGAAGAUUCCCAAGUGACUGCAGAGCUAAAGACAAGCCCGCAACGAGCAAAGGCCUAUUUUCUCUUUUUCAUGGAUAUAAACUGCUGUGUUUA